GCGGCCCGGCGUCGGGAAGGCUGCCGUAGCGGCCACCUUACACCGCCAGCGCGCCUUGCUCAGGAUGCAGCCGGUGGUGGUGGGCGCCGUGAAGUGGGCGUCCCGUUACGUGACAGUGGAGCCGCUCAUGUUCCUAUACUACGUGGCCACCACCAUCUCCACCGUGGUCACUCAGAACCUCAUGAUCUACAAGACGUGCUGGCCAGACGCGCAGCCAGAGGAGAUGGGCCAGCAGUGCCCAGAUGAGCAGGCGGCGCAGGCCCACGUCUCCAGCAUCGCCACCUGGAAGCCCUUCCUGCAGUUCCUGCUGCCCGCCGUCGCUGUCGCUUUCGCAGGACCCUGGAGCGAUAGACGCGGCCGGCGGCGGCCGCUGCUCCUCAUCCCGAUGGUGGGGCAGGUGCUGGCGGACGUGGCCGUUGGCGCCAGCGUGCUGGUCUGGCGCCAGUGGACGCCCACGCUCGUCGCCAUCGCCGAGACGCUGCCCGCCGCGGUCGCCGGCGGCAGGGGAGAGUACUCCGUGCUGUACCUGUUCGCAAGAUACAAGUUUGGUUGGAGUGAAGUGGACUACAGCCUGUACGCCGCCUUCAAGAUGAUCCUCAUCUGUGGAGGCUCUGUUCUGACGGUACUGCUGCUGUGCCGGGUGCUGAAACUGGAGGACUCGCUGAUCGGCCUCGUGUCCUGCCUCACACAGUUCGUCGCCAGCCUGCUCUACCUGGUGGUCAGCCGCAGCUGGGAGAUGUACCUGGUGCCCAUUGCAGAACUGUUACAUGGAGCAUCAAUGGCAGUGCAGAAAUCCAUUGGGUCAAAAAUAGUAGCACCUACAGAUAUGGGGAAGCUCAGUGCUCUAUAUAGUCUGUCAGAAGCUGUUGUGCCCCUUGCAAUUAUACCGCUAUACAAUUUAGUGUACCAACACACGUUCAGCAGCUUUCCCUCAGCAUUCUUCCUGACAAGUGCUGUUCUGACAGCUCCUGCUCUUCUGAUGUUCAUCUGGAUGUAUGUGGAAUACAGAAAAAAUUACGCAAAAGAGACCCAAAAGGACAAUACUGGAGAGCAACCUAUCGCUGCAGUAAACCAUAGCUUUGAACCGAAUGAAUCUGCAUCUCCAGUGAAUGGUGCUGAUCCUGGAAACUGUGAGUGUAAACCCAGAGACAUCGAUGUUGAAAGAGGCUGCAGUAAUGACAGUGAAGUGCCACUAGAUACUACCCACCGUCAAGGUGAAAUUAAGGAAGAAGAUUCUCAACAGACUAAGAGACAAGAUACAACAAACUGUCAUAAACAACCUACUCAUAGUAAUCAAAUGAACUGAUGUUGGAUCAUGGAUAACUGUUUUUGAAAUGGGGUAAUCCAGAAAGUAAUGGCUGUUUGGCUUUAUAAUUGGAGAAACAUAUUUUACUAUCAAAAACCUUGUCAUUUACAAAAUUGAAUCUUAUUUCAGUUCUCUACAAAAUAAGCUCCACUAUUUAAAUAUUUUUCACAUCUAUCUCAGAGCUUUAGAUUUCUUGUGUUGUAGUCAGUUGCCACCAUUCCUUUAAGCUAGUUGUUGACUGCAUUUGUCACCGCAGCAAUACUUGCUAAACAUUUUGUGCUGACAACCUUGUUGGUGAGCACCUCCAACCUACAUUUCCCACCCAAGAACUCUUUGGGUGAUUUUUAUUCUCCACUGAGUUCACAAAAUUGUCUAGGAUGGCUGACAGGCACAUAAAUCAGAAUGUGUCAUGCACAUUGGUUCAUUCAUUGUCAUAAUUUCACACUACUUUCUCACACUUGGUUCAUUCAUUACUACCAUCAUACAGUUCCUUCAGUUGCCCAUGAAAUUAUAUAUAUUUGAAUUUCUGAGUAUUCAUAAACUGUGUAACACACUUGACUUCACAGUCAGCAGGACUUUGUGUCACUCAGUUUACUUUUAAACAGACACAGAAUGCACAAUAACUUAUUUUGAUUGACACUCUUUUAACAUAAAGACAGGAUGAUAAGGAAAACAUUCAACCUUGGAUAGAAGCCCGAUAUCACUCUCUGCAGUGGGAAUGUAGCAUAGGUCAUUACUUCCUGGAUUACCUUCCUACAUUAUACAUUUCCUGAGAUAUGUACAAACACCAGCUCUUGAUUGAAAAUACCCAGGACAGCCAGAUUUUGUGCUCAGAGUAGUAUAGAUGGCAAUUUGAUAAACAUUAUAAGUUGACAGCUUGCCAAUGUAAGUAUUCAAUGCUGUUGGGUUGAGUCAGUCUAGAGCUUGUUUGCAUUUACAUGCAUUUUUCCAUCCACGUUAGUACAAAGUUUCAGAUUUAAUAUUCAAAGACUGAUUUUUUAAUAUAUAUAUUUUUCAUAAUGCUCUGUUAUAAUAAAACAAUGUAAUGUAAAGCUGUGUAAUUUUGCUUUUCUAUUGUAUCUUUCUUGACAAUGAAACAUGGAUUUGAAUGGAAAAAGUGACUAGUCUUCUGCCAUAGAGAUCAAAAAUUCUCUUAAGAACUCAUACUUCUAAGUUUUCAUUGUUUACUUUUUGAUUUCUGUAUCUUACUUUGGAUGAAUGCAAGUUUUGUUUUGCUUCAGGCAUAAUUCCACAAUGAGUUGAUAAGACAUUUACUUGAAAUAUCAUUAUUUUACACUAUGGGAAACAUUUCAUUUACCUUUAAGUGAUUUGUUUCACAGCAUGAAAGAAGACAGGAUAACAAAUUUAUAAGUGCAGCCUUUAAUGGCCAGAGUCCAUUUCAAUAAAAUGACCCAACAUGAUGUGAUACUGUUUUGGCUAGUGCUACAUGCAGGCUUCAUCAUGGAGUUAUCCUGAUGAAGGCUGUUUGCAGUAGUAGCUGACAUACUGGCAGCCUUAUCACAUCCUCACCAUCCUGUCACAUACCCAGAUGCAAGAGCAUACCCAACAUUUGAAGCAUGGGGAGAGGGGUUGGGGGGUGGGGACAAAACAUAAUAAUUUUGUAGUCGAUUAGUUUUUAUGUAUCACAACAAGUAACUCUGGCUUCACUUUCUUCAAAUGGAUACUGAUUUUACAUGUUUGUGUGUGUGUGUGUGUGUGUGUGUGUGUGUGUGUGUAUUUGUUUAAGUGUCGGAUACAAGUUUGGAUUCUGAAGAAUAUGUCUCGGGAUUUCUCCUGCACCUCAAUGGGUAGACUCUUUCCCAGAAUAAUUGUACUGAAAUAAUAAAUUUUGUUUCUUUUAUUCUGUUUCAGUUACUGCAAUGUAACAAUUAUUUUAUUAAAAGUCUCAAAUUGUGCACUUCCUGUAAGAGCAAUGCCUUAUGUAUCUACUCUUCAUUGUUGAAUAAAAUGCUCCACCCUGUUCCUUGAUGGAAAUUUUUGCUGAUAAUAGAAAUUAGUUUCAAAUGCUUUGGGACUGAAGGAGACCACUCACCAAAAAGUAGAAGUGUCGAAUCAUCAAUGGCCAGAUACAGAAAUCAAAAUAAAAAAAAAAUAAAAACUUGCUGACUUUCGGAGUAAGACACACACACUUACACACUUGUAUAUACCAAACUAUCCACUUACUUGGUGCCAGCUGGACAAACAGUGCCACUGCUGCAUUUUGGCAAGUGGGCUGUGUCACGGUGGGGAUGGUGUCGGGUGUGUGGGUUUAGGGAGAGAGAGGUGAGAGGCAGGGAGAGGGAUUAGGGUGGGUGGUUAACAGGUCAGAGGGAGGCAGGCAGUUUGCCAGCUAGGACUGCAGGAGAGAGGGGUGGCAGUUCAUGGGCUAGCCAUGUGAUGCACAACUGUCAGAGCCGGUGGAGGGCAGCACAUGCUGAAGGUGACAUGGGGAUUGCAACGGAACAUCAGUUUAGGAGGGGUGGGAAGAACUGAGGGUAGCGUGUCCCUCAUUUCAGGUCAUGAUGAGAGAUAAAGCUUGAUUAUUCUCAUCAUGCUGAAGGUGACAUGGGGAUUGUUACAGAACACCAUUUUAGGAGGUUUGGGAAGAAUUGCGGGUAGUGUGUCCACCAUUUCAAGUAAUUAUUAGAGUUAAUCAAAGCUCUGAUUAUCCCUCAUCAUGCCUUGAAAUGAGGGACAUCCUACUCAACAUCCUACCCACUCCUCCUACAGUGUUAGUUGGUUGCCCAACUGACACAAAAUCUAGUCCACCCCUAUGCCACUCCCACUUAAAAACCCUUUCCCCAGUGGUCAUACCCCUGUGGUAGACCAAGGUGAUAGACCAACCCAAUCCACCCAUCCAGCACCUCCUGCUCCAGACCUGUCAAAGGCUUAUCCUACCCCAUGAGAGGCCAGGGCACCUGUGAAAGCAGCCAUGUCAUAUUACAACUCUCCUGAAAACACUUGCCCGUGAAAGGCAAAGGCCCCGAGUUCAAGUCUCGCUCCAGCACACAGUUUUAAUCUGCCAGGAAGUUUCAUACCAGCGCACACUCCACUGUAGAUUGAAAAUUUCAUUCUAGAAACACCCCCCAGGCUGUGGCUAAGCCAUGUCUCCGCAAUAUCCUUUCUUUCAGAAGUGCUAGUUCUGCAAGGUUCGCAGGAGAGCUUCUGUAAAGUUUGGAAGGUAGGAGACAAGGUACUGGCAGAAGUAAAGCUGUGAGGACGGGGUGUGAGUCGUACUUGGGUAGCUCAGUUGGUAGAGCACUUACCCGCGAAAGGCAAAGGUCCCGAGUUCGAGUCUCAGUCCGGCACAUAGUUUUAACUUCCACUCUACUAUUUUACCCCCCGCACAUUCCUCGAGCACCAAAUUAACCACUCCUGAUGCCUCAAGAGAUGUCCUAACAAAUUAUACUUUCUUUAAGUCUAGUUUUGUCAUAAGCUUUUUCUCCCCAUCCUCAGUUAUCCAACUGAGGGCCAAUUUCAGGUUGUAUAGGAUCCUAUGCAAAAAAAAUAUAAGGUUCUUAUUCAGUCUCAAACAUAUACAUAUAUUUUAACUUUUGAAGGUGAUAUGUAAUAAAAUUUUAUUUCAUUAAAUUAAACACUAACUGAGCAAGAUAAUCAACAUUACUAAUGAUCUUAAUACUACCCACCUGAGUCAAUCUUAUUAGCUCGAUUCACUUCACAUGGAAAAAAUUGUUGUUUAUGAAUAAUAAGUCUUUAUCAUAAAUUUGAAAUGAAAUUUUUUGACAACCUCCUACUUACGUCAUGUGUACAUUGAACCUGUCCAAUGUAAUGCUCCUGUUCUCAAUACAGAUGAAAAUUAAGCUGUAGUUGGAGCUUUCUCAAGUAAUGUAAUGAGCUUAUUGCAAUAAGUUAAAAAUUUUGGAAUGAAAACAAAAGAUUAUUUUUGUAUAUGUAACAUGAAGAAUCAAUGCUUAUGAUGAUUGUUGACCAUAAUUACUCCUGAUCUUUGCAAGGUCUUUUGUGAACUGUAUAUGCAUCAUGUGGGAAAGGUUUUAUACUUAUGAAAUGUUUUGACAUAAAAGCUUUGUAAUUGUUUCAUUUAUUAAUUGUCUUUACUUCCCACAAGGCACCUGACAUCUUACUGAUCCUUUUAAACAGCUAUUGACUCUACAACAACAAUUACUGACAUUAUGCACCAGUAACUAUUGACUGACUCACUGACAAUUUAGCGACUGCAUAUAUGUAAAGCUCUGCUCUUUGGUCUAGCACCAGCCCUUACAUGGAUUGAUAACACAAUUAAUAAUUGCAUUUCUUGUGAUAUAGUUAUCUUAAUUUAUUAUAAUUUACACUGAAUGAACGUUGGUUUAAAAGAAUUUAAAUAAGGCAACAUGUUUUGCAAAAACAAAUAAUAAACUGGAAAUACACAUUUUGUUUUGCACAAAACUUUCCUGUUUUAAAUUCCAUAAUUUGUUUAAUUUUUAAUGACUAGUUUUUUUUAAAUCAAUCCAUACUUUGUUGUCACAUA